AUGCCGCUUGGCUCAAUAGAGCACUUUUCAAUGGCAGAAGCGUUGAGCAUGAUCAAUCACUCGGAGGGCUGGGCUUGCUUCAUUCCGAACGGCUUUCUUCCAGUCCUUGUCGCUGAAGAAGAUUUCGCAGAAGAGGUCUGCGACGGCAUGCGACGCCUCUCAUCUUAUCUAGUCAUGCCGACAAGUUUAGAGGAUUGUCGGCUUCCCUCACUUGUUGUUACGGGCAUCACUCAGGGUCUUGAGCAUCCAAUACCAGCCGGCAAACCAAGGCCUCCCCGACGCCCAGCGAACUCUUUCAUAUUGUAUCGCAAGGCAAAACAAGCUGAGCUCAUCGCCUUGUAUCCCGGUAUCUCUAAUAAUGAGGUCUCCAGGAGCCUCGGGCAGAUGUGGAAGAAGGAGGACGAGCAAACUAAGCAGUUCUACCAGUCAUUGGCAGAGGGUUUGAAGACACAGCACAAGGCCCUCUAUCCCGAUUACAAGUACUGUCCUAAGCGUCCCAAGGUCAAGAACGAUUUCCAGACUGGAACUUCAAGUCCAUCGUCGUGUUCAUGUACAAACGCAGGCAGAGCAGCCUCUGACAGACAAUUCCGGUAA